AUGGGAUGCUGCGCGAGUAAACCCGAAGAGAAGGACGGCGAGAAGGCGCGCGACGCGACGCCGCGCCCGCCGUCGACGCCCCGAUCGAUUUCGAAUCACGACGCGACGACGACUCAUCACUCGCCAUCGCGCUCACCUCGCCUCAACUCUUCACCCCUCGCCGCGACGCAGGUCGUCCACCUCUCGAUCCCCGACCCGGCGACCGGGUCCUUCGACGAGCGCGGCGCGGCGUCCGGGACGAAGGCGGCGCGCGAGCCGCCGCGGUCGCCCUCUCCGCGCCGCGCCGACGACGACGACGACGACGCCGGAUCCGCGCGCAGCGGCGACGGACUGCGGUACGACCCGGAAGAGGACGGCCGCACGUCGUCGUCCUACAGUUCUUCCUCGUCGUCGUCCUCGAUCGCGUCGUCGUCGUCGAGCAGCUCGUCCGACGACGGCGCGUCCUCGAGCUCGUACAGCAGCAGCAGCAGCUCGAGCGACGACGACGACGACGACGACGACGACGACGACGACGACGACGACGACGGAGACGAGACGGCGGCGGCGGCGGGGAGAGUCGUCGGGAAUCGGAGAAGAAGAGUUCGCGCCGUGGGGUCGCCGCCGUCGCGUCGAGACUGA